AUGUGCGGAACUCUUCGAGUUGGCCACAUAAUCACUUUUACCAUUCUGCUAUUUUUUAUUUCUGGAAUCCAGGGAGAAGAAGAAGAAGAGGAUUUGAGGCAGUUUCCACGCGGUGUUUAUCAUUUUAGUGAUCUUGAUCGGGAAAUUGAGACCUCUUUUAAGGUUCCCGAUUUUGGAGCGGUUAGUUUUAUGGGGAUUUUGGGAAAAAAAAAGGGGGGGGGGUGAAAUAUAGGCGUAAAAAAUAAAAAACAUUACUUCGUCAGUCGCCUGCGGCUAUGCGUCGCGGUCAUUGUUUCCUUUGACUCCCGACCGCGACGCACAGCCGCACGCGACUUUAUUUUUUACGCCAACCACAUUUUUCAACUUCGACACUAACGAUUUUCCCUGUAAAACGACCCUCUCUUUCAUUUUCCCCCCAGCUCAAACUAGAAACUUCCAGCUUGACCCAAUAAAAAUGGCCUCCGAUCUAAUGUCCUCCGCAAUCCGAACUGAUACAAAACGAAAAACUCUAGCCGGAAUCGAACUUCCAUUUUCAUUCACCGGUCGACCGAUGUCAAUUCAAAUCAAUGGAGAAACUCACAAUGCGGUGAAUUUAGUCGACCCAAAAGCUAUGCGAAAAUCAGAGAAGCCAAAAGAAAUCCGAAGAUCUCCUGAAAGUCGACAAACAUUUCUGAAAGCUCGACAAAUAUGUUUGGAAGAAAGUAUUGAAUCAUGCGAUGAAGCACUUGACACAUUAUAUCAAUUGAGAUUCGGGAAAAGUCUUGUAAAUAAUGAUGAAGAGGGUGAAGAUAAUAAUGGAGAAUAUCGGAAGAUUAUUGAAGAUAAAAUUAAAGAAAUUGGUACAAAUCAUGAAGAUUCUGAGGAAGAUUAUCAUGACAAAGCUCGAAACUUUCUCCGUCAAAUAAACUAG